UGCCAUGUCGGGGAAGAUGGUGGCUCUUGUUUGCCUCGUGGUGCUCAGCAACUUACAAGCUUAUGAGGCUACAGAGGUGCCGAUCAAUCAGGUGAAUGGGAUUGUCCAUGGCACAGUGUAUCUAAACCCCAAACAGUCAGUCCCAGAGAAAUACAAGCAGAUCACCUGGUGGUUCAAGUAGUCCCUGAAGAUCCUGACUAAAAAAUGGGAUCAGCCAGUGUCUUACCGCAAUGGCUCUUUUCAUAAUAAACUGUGUUACCACGAGAAUCACACCCUGGAAAUUAAUCAGCUGCAGAAGCAAGACAGCGGCACCUUCCGGAUGGAAGUGGAAGACAGCCAAAGCAAGAAGUCAGAUGAAGAUAUCCAACUGGAUGUGUACGAGCCCAUCCCUAAGCCCAGGGUGAACAUCACUACCAGGGUCUACAAAGAUGGAGAGUGCAAGGUCACCCUGGAGUGCACUGUGGCUGCCAUCCAAGUGACCUACCGCUGGUGUAAGAAUGAAAAGGAUUUAGUGGGCAAAAAUAGCAGCACACUGGACGUUGAGUUAAAGUCAGAAAGUGACGCAUCUUACAAAUGCAUCGUCAGCAACCCUGUCAGCGAAGAGACGGGCUUCAUCUAUUACAGAAGUCCUUGCACAUGGAACGAGAAAAACUCAGCCGUGACCUUGUCCCUGGCUCGGCAGACGGCUGAUUCCAUCCUGGCGUUUGGAUUUCUCCUCCUCGUCCAUAACUGGGUCUAGGGCUGGGGAGUCAAGAGAACACAACGAACCCCUCGAUUGCCUCCGCCUGGUGAAACACACAAGACCAAAAUGAACACCAGAAAUAAUAGCGUUCGACAGCCAUCCACCAUCUUGCCAGCACACUGGGGAUUAAACUAGGGUCUUCGAGAACUGAGGGGAAGAUGAUGUCGCGGAGACAAAGCCCACUACUUGGGUGCUAUAAUAGACUCACCUCUGCAGAUGAGGGGUGGAGGGGAGGAUCCUGGCUGUUUUCUGGACAAGAGCAAAGGCCCUAAAUCAGUUUAAAUUCAGGCUAUUUAUUCCUUUCUUUAUUGGGCUCUGAAGAAUCCAGUUUAAAAGUGCAGCUGCUCCAGGUUGUGGAAACAGUUGCCAACUUUCACACGGUAAAUAAGUCCCCAACUUUUACAAUAAACCAAAA